GCCUUCGAGGGCUCAGUCGACACCAACUUCAUCGUCAAAUGCCCUCCGGGAUGCGCCGCCAGCGACACAGGUGGAUAUAUUGGAUGCUGGCACGAGCAAAACACACUUGGCGUGCUGUGCUGUGGUGUCACGGCAUGGUGGUGUGGUGUGUGUGCAGAUGUGGCUGUGUAUGGCGGUUCUGGCGGUCUCUACAGCGAUGACUCGUCAGUGUGUCUGGCGGCCAUCCACAGCGGCCGCCUCACGCCAGCCAAGGGCGGCAUCGUCAACGUCGCCAUCGAGACGGGCCGCAACGCCUACGAGGGCAGCACGGCAAAUGGCAUCACCAGCCAGACCAAGGAUCAGCCCACCGACCGCUCCAUACUCAUCACCCCACUGCCGACCGACUGCCCGGUGGAGUCUCUCACCCACACAGCCACCACCAGCAGCACCACCAGCAGCUUCAUUGAGGUGGGUGGCUGACAGUGACCACCCAGACAGACAUCCGUAUGUCCCACUCUCCCACUCUGCCCAUGUGUGUGAGUGUUGUGUGAUUGCAGGUGAGCAGCGGUGCGUCGGCGGGGGUCGAUCCUUCGUCCUCCAUGGCGGCCAUGGCUGGGAGUGAGGACGAGGCGGGACUCAUGAGCCUGUCAGCCGUCACCAAGCGGACACUGCGGCUGAUCAACCAGCAGUGCGCCAAGUUCGACCAGCACGUCGUGCAGGAGGAGGCCAACGAGGCUCGACAAAUCCUCGGUAGGUGACAGUGAAUGCAUGUGUGUGUUGGUGGAUGAGAUGGCGUCCGUAUGUAUCUCUGUGUGUGUGCAGGUGAGUGUCGGAGUGUGUUGAAGAGGUCCGUGUCGCUGUACCGCGCCCAGGAGGCCCGCAGCGAGGACCUCUACGAGCACGUCGCUGACACCAUCGACGCCUUGACGGCCGUCAGUGAGCGGACGGGCAGUGCACUCGCCACUCUCAGCGCCAAGCUGCAACAGGCCACCGACAUGCAGAAGGCCGCACACGCAUUCAAGGCACGUCACCUACCACACACACAUACACAAAGGGAGAGGCAGAGAGAGGAGAGAGGCGUAUACUCCCAUGUCAUUGGUCGAUGUGUGUGUGUGUAUUCUGAUGAUUUGUGCAGGAUUGGCGGCUGGAUUACGACGCCAUAUCUUCCUUCGGCGAGGUCUUUGCUGUGACGGACACCGACAAGGCCACGCACGCCCCCAGCAGCUGGUCCAUCACAUCCACCAGCGACAAGCCAGUCGGCGGCAGGGACCGCGUCAUCGCACAGACGAGCGCCAUCCGCUCCUUUGGCGGCCUCCCUGGCCAGGGAUCACUGGCGGUCCUCAAGUCGCACCGGUCCUAUGACUUCCGCCUCACCGUCGAGGCGUAUGUCGAGUCGGGCCCCGGCACUUACGGCAUCGCCUUCCGCGUGCGCGACCCUGCCAACAUGUACCUGCUGGACAUGACGAUGGCCAAGAGCAAACGGCUGAUCAAGAUCCACGACGGACAGCCAAGCGUCAUCAAAGAGAUCCAUGACGGCGGGUCAGCCACCCAUCCCCACACACACUGACGUUGACAUCAACCAAACCAUCUCUCUCUCUCUCUCUGUCUCUCUCUUUGUCUGUCUGUCUGUCUGUCUGUCUGUGUGUGUGUAGGUAUCUGCCAGGCACCUGGUACACGUAUGAGAUUACGGCCAGGCAGGGACACAUCACUGUCGCUGCGGGUACAUACGUCACCCACCCACACACACAUAUAACCACUCGCACCCACUCGUGGAUCUCUCUCUGUCUGUCUCUGCCUGUGUGUGUGUGGAUGGAACAUGGCACAGGUGCGAGCGGAUCUGGGCGGCUUGUGGUGGUCAUGUCGGCUCACGACAGCGAGAUAGCGAGCGGCAGUGUGGGCCUCUUCACCAGCGGCAUGCACCACGGCGUCUUCUUCGACAAAGUGACUGUCGCCGCCUGUCCGUGCACGAAGCUGUCCAAGCUGCCCCCGCCACCAAAGCCACCAAAGUGCAGCCUCUUCCGGUCACUCAGCAACAAAGACACCCAACCAGCCACACCACGACAGACGGAGCCAUCCACUCACUCAGUCAUCUGUGGUGUGUCGUGUCUGUCACGUUCAUGUGUGUGUGUGUGCAGUGAGGACUACUACGGCCGGUUCGAGUUGGUCUAUCACCUUCACGAGCCCGUCGACAGCCAGGACGGCCCGUCGGAGUGGCGCUACCGUGACCACAUCCACGGCCGCACCAAGACGCUCGCACAGCUGUCGGCCGUCAGUGGCAAGGAAGGCAUCGGCACCCACGUGUUGCUCAAAGGCCACCGCACCUGCAGGGACGGCCGCCUGUCCGUCGACUUGCUGCCCGAGUGCGAUGGUGACAAUGCCAAUGCCAAUGCGGCGGUGGGUGUGGUCUUCCGCCACAUUGACAACAACAACUUCCACCUGGCGCAGGUGUCGCCCUCGGCCCUCAAGCUGCGACGCGUGACGGCCGGCCAAGCAGCGGAUGUGGCCACCAAUCCCAACGGCGGCUGGGCAGCCGGCAAGUGGCACACACUCGACGUCACCUUCAACGGACCCAUUGUCAACGGUACACACACACACACACACACGGAUGGACACACCCAUGAUGUGUGUGGAUGUGUGUGUGAUGCAGUUCGUCUGUCUCGCGUGGACGAGGGGCCGUCGUCAGUCUGCGAGCUGAGUGUGAGCGAUCCGUUCGCACACACCGACGGGGCUGUCGGUCUGUCGUCCAAUGGCUGCGGGGGCGUGGCCUUCGACACCUUCAAGCUCAUGCCCUCCGACCUCACACGCGACAACACCGCCCCCCCACCCACACACAACACAUCCACCACCACAGCAACCACAGCCACCAGCGGCAGGAGUGCCGGCCAUUCCGUGUGCGCGUCGGCAGUGCACUUCCGCCAGAGGCAGCAGCGGUGCGCUCAGCUGGUGGGUCCCGACGGCGGUGAGGGCAGCGGUGGCCAGUGCCGCAGCGCUGGCACGGACUUCUGCACGUCAUGCUGCAAAUACCACACCGCACUGUCAGUCAGCACACAGACACAGACAGAGAGACAAGGGAAACGAACUGACACAUCCUUGUCUCCCCUUCCCUCUGUGUGUGUGAUUUACGUGUGUGUCAGCUUGCCUUCGUCGGUGGGGUCUUCUUGCGAGAGUGCGUGUCGCGCCAACGAUGAUCUGGCGGCCGCCACAGAGACCGCCCUCGCCGAAUACGCAUCGGCGUGCGCCACCGACUCGGCUCUGUUUGCCCACUGCAUUUCCAAAGACGACAGCGAGGUCGAUGUGGCGUCGUGCGUGAGGGAGGCUUGUGAGCUGUGCUGCCAGACGAGUGCACACCACCCACUGGCCAUGGGAGAGGAGCGGCAGUGGGAGACCGACACCUGCAAACAGCAGUGCAACGGAGAAGGUGGCAACACACCGCUGCUCACAAGUAGGCUGACUUGGCUGGCACAGAGAGAUGAACAGACAGAGAGUGACAAAGCUGAGGGAGGGGGGUUGAUGUGAUGUUGUGUGUGUGUGUGUGUGUGUGUGUGCAGUGAUGUCUGCUGUGGCGGCAUGAUAUGGUCGUGGUGCGGCCGACUGACUGACCAAGACGACAUAAUCCACUGACCAAGACGAUGCAUGAGUGUCUCUGACUGAUGUGCACACACCGACACAGACAGACGUCACAUAAAGAGACAAUUAGGUGCAUGACUUGAAAUGCUUGAUGAAUAUAUGAAUUGAAU